AUGGGUUCUUCUUCAUCUUCACUUAAGAACCAUCAUCAUGAAUACGUUAAUAUAUUAUUAAAUUCUUCAUCCACAAAUUUAAAAUCUUCUUCUGAUAAUUUUACUUCUCCAUCUCUUCUUACUCCUCCCCAUUCAUCAAUAUCUUUAACAAAAAGUAUUUCUACCAGAAUUAAAUCAUCUUUAAAAAAAUCAAAUUCUUCUACUUUAUCAAAUUGUUCUCAAUCAACAACAUAUAAUAAAGAAAUAAUAGAAAGAUUUAUUGGUGGUGAAGAAAGUGACGGUGAAGAUGGUGGUGACGAAGAAUAUGGUAAUAGAGGAGGAAUACCAUUUCCUAAUAAUACAUUUGAUUUUAUACAUAUACAAAAUUCUUCACUUAAUUUUACCGAACAACAAUGGAGAAAUCAAGUAUUACCUGAAAUGAUUAGAGUAACUAAAAUUGGUGGAUGGAUUGAAUUAUGUGAAGUAGAAACUAAAAUUAUAAAUAUGCCAUUAAAUUUUACUAAAUUAUAUGAUGCGCCAAAUAAUUCCAAAGGUAUAAAUUUAGAAAUUGUACCUCAUCUUGGAGAUUUUAAUCAUAAAUUAGAAACUUUAUUACAUUAUGAACAUGGAGGAGCUGGUAAAUAUAAACAACAAUCAAGACUUUAUGACGCAAAAUGA